GGUUGAUCGUCCAAUCAACGUCGAUGCUACUUGCGGGCCUGAAUCCCACUUCAACCUUCUGUUCUGUGGAGGGGCACCUUCAAGUGGCUCCACGGUGCACCGGUAGCGGCUUCCUGAUCUACUGAGAACACGCCAGAAGAACAUUUCAUUGCAGGCAUAAUGUCGUUCCUGACAGUCAGCAGGCUAGCGCCUAAGAUCCUCAAUUCAAAGAAUGCCACCUACUUUAUUACAGCUGCCAGAAACGCCAGCGCCUCUACAACAAAUCUGAAGGAUGUUUUGUCCGACCUGAUUCCUAAAGAACAGAGCAGGAUCAAAAACUUUAAGCAGCAGUAUGGAAAAACCAACAUAGGGCAGAUUACUGUGGACAUGGUGUAUGGUGGUAUGAGGGGGAUGAAGGGUCUAGUUUAUGAGACCUCCGUGCUGGAUCCUGAUGAGGGUAUCCGCUUCCGAGGCUACAGCAUCCCAGAGUGUCAGAAGUUAUUGCCCAAAGCUGAAGGAGGUGAGGAGCCUCUGCCUGAGGGUCUCUACUGGCUGCUGGUCACAGGACAGGUGCCUACUGAGGAGCAGGUGAACUGGGUGUCAAAAGAGUGGGCAAAGAGAGCGGCGCUCCCCUCACACGUCGUCACCAUGUUGGACAACUUCCCCACAAAUCUCCACCCCAUGUCUCAGUUUAGCGCCGCUAUCACGGCCCUUAACAGCGAGAGCAGCUUUGCACGCGCCUACUCUGAGGGUGUGCACAAGUCGAAGUACUGGGAGUAUGCCUAUGAAGACUCCAUGGACCUGAUUGCCAAGCUGCCGUGCAUCGCAGCCAAGAUCUACCGCAACUUGUACCGUGAAGGCAGCAGCAUCGGAGCCAUCGACUCCAACUUGGACUGGUCUCACAAUUUUACCAACAUGCUGGGCUACAGCGACACCCAGUUCACCGAGCUUAUGAGACUCUACCUCACUAUCCACAGUGACCAUGAAGGAGGCAACGUCAGCGCGCACACCAGCCACUUGGUGGGCAGUGCCCUAUCUGACCCUUACUUGUCCUUCAGUGCAGCCAUGAAUGGUCUAGCUGGUCCACUUCAUGGCCUGGCAAACCAGGAGGUUCUGGUAUGGUUGACCGCACUGCAGAAGGAGCUGGGAGGGGAAGUGUCUGAUGAGAAGAUGAGGGAUUACAUCUGGAACACGCUCAAGUCGGGAAGGGUGGUGCCAGGCUACGGUCACGCCGUCCUGAGAAAGACGGACCCGCGUUACACCUGCCAGCGUGAGUUUGCCCUCAAGCACUUGCCCAACGACCCCAUGUUCAAGAUGGUGGCUCAGCUCUACAAGAUUGUUCCUGAUGUGCUGCUGGAGCAGGGCAAGGCCAAGAACCCCUGGCCCAAUGUGGACGCCCACAGCGGCGUUCUGCUGCAGUACUACGGAAUGACCGAGAUGAACUACUAUACAGUGCUGUUCGGCGUAUCUCGGGCUCUCGGCGUGCUGGCCCAGCUGGUGUGGAGUCGAGCCCUGGGAUUCCCCCUGGAGCGCCCCAAGUCCAUGAGCACAGAGGGACUCAUGUCUCUGGUGGGCGCCAAGUCGGGUUGAUCCUUGAGCGCGAAAAGAGGGUUAGUGAUGGAAGGAGGUGGCGGUAUGGCGGAUUGGGAUGAGGUGACCACCCCCCCGUGACCCUGUCCACUCCUGCAAUUCCACAGGAUUUAAAAAGACAAUAUGCUUUUAAUGUCGUUACCCCCAAAAAGACCCUCCUUGCCACUGCAACUUGGCCUGUCAUCUCCUCUGGGGGGUGAAAGUUUCAAACACAUACACACAGACUCACACCCACCUUUUUUUUUUUUUUUUUUUCUUUAAGGGUAAGCUCGCGAAUCCUCGCUAUGGAUCGAGCGCUUGACACUCAAAGGGAAUUUUGGGAGUGAAUUGCACUUCCUUUGUUAUUGUUUCAGCGGCAAAAGCCGCCACGGUUCCCCCGGCAAUCGAUUGACACGCUUUGGUUUCUUCUAUGCAUUUCCUCCCUGCCCCGAUCCCGUCGAUGACAACGUUUCACUCCCGUUCAUGAGCACUCCAGUUUUUACCAUUAUCACCGCGAUAAAGCUGUUUCAAAAAAUAUAUAUAAAAUAAAUAAAAAAAAUAGAGGAAAAAGAUACUGCUACUUUUGAUCUUAAGCUUUCUUCUUUUAGUUGCUGGCCUUUUUUUUUUUUUUAAAUUCCCUCUGUGGUCAAAAUAACUGUCCCGUCUCGGUUGAUGCUCGGCACUACUUUUGACCUGACUGACAGCGGUGGGCCCGUAGGCGGCUUCUGGUCAACCCCGAGAGCAAGCUUGAAUCCCGAGUGCGCCCGGUCCUCGUAGUUCCUUACGUCCGUUCACGUUUUGUUUUGUUUUUUUGUGUCCACACAAAAGCGCUUCGUCAACAUCGACCGCUCCAAAAUGUGUCGACCUCGUCCCGCCACGGCUCUCUCGCUUGAUUUGUGUUCCUGCUCCCUGAGCUUCGUGGCGUCGAAUAUGUAUUGAACUAUCAUGGCUGGGUCAUCUCGUGGUUUUAUUUAUACUUUGUGUAUAUGUUUUAUAUAUAUGUAUAAGUUCUGCUCGUAACAACGACACUGAGUACCAACUAUGUUGUAGUUCAUUCUUUCUGAUAGAAAUUGCAGCUAUCUUGUACAUAAGUGUUUUUUUAGGAGGGGGGGGAGCUUCAUUUCCCCCCCCCCAGAUUUUUUUCAAGCUUGCUCUUAAAAUCUGGCGUCAAAUAGCCCCACCCGCCUAUGACUUUGUGUCAACACUCCAUUUUUGCUCCUCAACAUCUUCUCCCCCCCCCCCCCCUUCCCGUCUAUCGUCUUGCUGCGUUUAUUUUGAUUGUAGAGGAACAGGUCGUGAGAAUGAAAUGUAAGGUGUGAUCAUCAGACAUGCUUCGGGGGGCUGGAUGGGUCGGACAGGGCAAGAAAUACUGGAAAACCUAACCCAAAAAAAUUAAAAAUAAAGGUUUUUAAUAACA